AUGAAUUUUCUAUUCAAGUCAUUCUCUGGAUUUCAGUUUCCGUAUUCGCUUGAAGCGGAACCUACGGUUUCGACACCGAUCUGGCAAGCCGUGGACGGCCAUCGGAAAUCUGAUUCUUUGCCGGUGACUGUGUUUAGCUUCGAACGAAGCAAGGGCAACAGCGUGCUGGAGGGUCUUGUGGCAAACGCAAUUCACCAUUUCAAGGUCCUCAAGCUUCCUGGGAUCGUGAAGGUUCUGGAUGUUUUAGAGACCAAUCCGGCUACUAGCUACGUCGUCACCGAGAGAGUAUCGCCAUUGGUAACGAAAGGCUUAAGCCAGCAAGCUUUAAAUCUCGGUAUCUACCAGCUGUCGGAAACCUUAGAGUGUCUCCACAACCAAGCUCAAGUUGUCUUGGCUUCGUUGACGGCGGGAACGGUUUUUGUCAACCAACGUGGAGAAUGGUGCUUGUUUGGUUUAGAGCUGUGCUCCAAAAUCUCAGAUCUGUCCUUUUUAAAACGGAACGUGGGUCCCUACACUUCUCUGGCUGCGGGAACCGUUCUAGAGGUGCCAGUGACUACCACUUCCAACGCAGAUUCGGUUUUGUUGGCCAAAUUCAUCUCUGCGAUCUGUGUGCGGAUCCCAAGCGAGUGGAAUCAAUUGUUAGCAAGUCUGGAGCACGGCAGAUUGACCCUCGCGCAGUUUGUUAGCCGGGCUCGCGAAACGCGACCUUUUCAGAGUACAUUGAUUGCCAUUUACCAAGACUUGAAGGAGUUUCACAUCAAGGAUCCGCAAGGAAAAUUAUUGGCUAUGACCGAUCUACAACGAAAGAUUAUGGAUGACCCGGCAGCCUUGAGAGGGUGCACACCAGGUUUUGUGGAGCACUACCUAAUUCCUGAAAUAGCGCAUUGUAUCAGUACAGUUCUCGAAGCGCAGCAACAGCAGCCAAACACCACAACAGCGACUACCGUAGUAUCUUUCUUGGCAUCUUUGCUUGAGCUUACAUGCUCUGAAAGCUCUGUGACAGAUUCCAAGCCGGUGUUCGAUAAGUAUGUCAAGCCGAUAAUUUUUGAAAACUUCAAACAAUCUGAUCGACAGUUGAGGUUCUUGCUACUAGUUUAUCUCACAAACAUCCUUCCCAAAUUGACCAAUUCUGAAGUAUCAGAUCGUAUUUUUCCUCACUUCGUGCAAGGUCUUGCCGACUCGGAUGGAACUAUGAGAAUUCAAACCCUGAAAAAGAUACCUGACAUUGUCCCCAUGAUUACCGAACGCCAGCUCAAUAAUGAUCUCCUGAGACACUUGGCCAAAACCCAAGUUGAUUCUAAUGUUGAGAUUAGAACCUGGACUAUACUGACAAUCUCGGGCUUAUCGAAAAAGUUGUCGGCUUCCAACAAUAGGUCAGGCAUAUUGGCUACUGCAUUUACGAAGUCACUUAAAGAUCCACAGAUAAAACCUAAGCUUGCCGCAUUGUAUGGUCUUGAAACUUCGCUUGAAUUAUUUGAUACUGAUACUAUAGCCAAUAAAAUUUUGACUGUGAUCGCGCCAGGUUUGCUUGACAAGAAUAGACAAGUUAGAAGCAAGGCUAAAGAACUAUUUCGGUUAUAUCUCACCAAUUUGGAAGAAGAAGCUGAUAAAAUCCCUACAGAUAAUAGUGAAGAAAUAUCUGUGGACUUUGGAGCUUCCAUAACUGAAGAUGAAACUAACGUCGUCAAACAGUUCAUGGACACUUUGAAGCUUUCCGCUCCACCGGUGAUGCCCCAAAACGAAGCCGAAGCACUUUCGGCAAUCCAUGGUGAUGGCGAAUGGGUAACGGAAGAUGCUGGAUGGGAGGAAACCGAAGACUGGGACAACGAGUUAGCUGCUGAGAAAGACACGCAUAACAGCCCACAACCCACUGAUAGUCAUCAAGGUAAGAAGGUGGCUAGUAAUAUCGAAAAACCUUUUGCCAAGAAAAGUCCGGGCAAGGGAUUGGCAGGAAAAGUCAAGAUACAAAAGUCGUGGAACGAUGAACUAGAGGACGAUGACUGGGAUUCCUGGAGUAAGCCAGCUAACUUCCCAUCAACAUCAAAGGAAAAGCCCAAAUCUACGCUAGCCAGAAAAUCCGCGCUGAAAGGAAGCUCAAACAAUGGGCAGAACAAAGACAAUACAAGCGUUAGUAAUGGCAUAGAGGAUGACACUAACGAAGACGGCUGGGGCGAUGAAUGGUGA